AUGGAUGAAACGAAUUGGGUGGUCCAAAUCAAUGAAGAACUGAAGAGCGAUGGUCCUUCACUAUCUGAGAAGGAACAGUGGAAGAGGCAUUCCAUUUACAAGGUACCCUCGCGUGUCACCGAGCUGAAUGAUAAGGCCUACAAACCCCAAGCGGUGUCGUUUGGUCCUUACCAUCAUGGCGAGGUGCAUUUGGAGGCCAUGGAAGAGCACAAGCACCGAGCUCUGCUCCAUUUCCUCAAGAGGUCCAAAAAGCCGGCGCCCCUGCAGUCGCUGUUCCUACGCAUGGAUCAAGUGGUGCAAGAUUUGAAAGACUCGUACAAGCCACUUGAUUCAACUUGGACGCAGGACACAAGAAGGUUCCUGCAAGUUAUGAUUGUUGAUGGCUGUUUCAUGUUGGAGAUUUUAAGAGCGAGCUGUAGAACUUGUACUCCGGAAGGCUAUGCUGACAAUGAUCCUGUCUUUGGUGAACAUGGGAAACUAUAUGUCAUGCCAUAUAUCAAGCGUGACAUGCUUAUGCUUGAGAAUCAGCUCCCCAUGAAGGUUCUUCAUACAUUGAUUAAGUUUGAAACUGACAAAACCCAGGAAGAUGAUGAGUCGUUGAACUUGCUAAUCCUCGAGUUCUUCAACGCAAGCAGCAAAGAAAACCGAAGCAUGGGGAAAUGCGUGCACGUAUUGGAUGUGUACAGAAAAAGCCUAAUCGAGGAAGGACGUCCAAUGCAACCAACAUGGUAUAGCGAGGAGCGUGGGGACGAGAUCAUUCGCUCAGCAAUAGAGCUCCACGAGGCUGGAAUUCGGUUCAAGAGAAGCAAAACACACAGCCUCAGAGAUGUUUCCUUCGAUCAUGGGGUGCUUAGGCUCCCAACCAUGGUGGUUGACGACGCCACAGAGUACAUGUUCUUGAACCUCAUUGCCUUCGAGCGUCUCCAUGUUGGAGCAGGGAAUGAGAUUACCUCGUACAUAUCCUUCAUUGACACCAUCAUCGACAAUGAAACGGACGCUGCAAUUCUGAACAGGAGAGGGAUACUAAUCAACGCUCUUGGGAGCGAUAAAGCUGUUGCAAAAUUGUUCAAUUCACUGACUAAGGAUAUAACUGUGGAUAAACAUGGAUUCUUGGAUGCGGUGCUGAUGAAUAUGAGCAACUAUUGCAAGAAACCAUGGAACAAGUGGCGUGCCAAUCUCAUUCAAACAUACUUCAGGAACCCUUGGGCUAUUGUGUCUCUUGUUGCUGCCAUCUUCCUUUUUGCUCUUACCAUCGUUCAGACAAUAUACACUGUUGCACCAUACUAUCAAUCCCCGAGCCCUUCUCCAUGA